CGCGCUGAGUCUCUCCUUCUUUCUGCUGCCUCUCAGUCCAGCUGCACCUCCGUCCGUUCCUCCAGCUCUACAAUGCACAGAGGCCCGAUGCUGGCUGCGUGUGUGCUCUGCUGGAGCUGCACCGUGAGCGUGGUGACCGCCAUCCAGAGGGCCGAGAUGUUCCCGUACGGCUCCCUGAGCGGGGACUUCAUUCUGGCUGAGGGCGACGAUGAGACGUCCAGAGUCCUGUCUCUGCCCAAACCUCUGUACUUCUACGACUCCCUGUUCUCGCAGCUCUAUGUGGCCACCAAUGGGAUCAUAUCGGCCCAGGACCUGCCGAUGGAAAAGCAGUACGUUGACGAUGGCUUCCCUACGGAUUUCCCCGUGGUCGCCCCGUUCCUAGCCGACAUCGACACCAGCGGCGGGCGAGGGCAGAUUUACUACCGGGUGACGGAAACACCCAGCGUGCUCAACAGAGUCGCCCAGGAAGUCCAUCGGGGGUUCCCAGAUGCAAAGUUCACACCCACACACGCUGUCGUGGCAACAUGGGAGAACGUUGCAGCUUACGAGGAGCAAACUCGAACCACUGGGUCUUCCAACAAGUUUAACACAUUCCAGGCAGUCAUCGGUUACGACGAGACCGACUCCUACGUUCUCUUCCUCUACCCUGAAGGAGGUCUGAACUUCUUCGGCACUCGGCCCAAGGAGUCGUAUAACGUUGAGAUAGAACUUCCUGCUCGAGUUGGCUUCAGCAGAGGAGAAGUGACGUAUUUGAUCUUUUCCCGAACUGAGGGACCUUUUUACAGCGUGACCAGUGAUGAACAGACUGUUAAAAACCUCUACCAGGUUGGCAACACUGGAAUUCCAGGCGUUUGGCUUUUCCACACUGGGAACCGCUACUCUUUUGACAACGUAGUUCCUGCAUCGGUCGGUGGUCUCCUCGCUACUCCACCCGCCAGAGGACAUGGCCUCUCCUUGGACACCACCACCCCUGAGUACGCAGAGUUUGAAGAAUAUCCAGACAAUACCUUUGACCCCGACGACCAAGAGGAAGAAGACGAUUACCCGCUGACCGGCGGAGACCCUGAAUUCCAGCCAGCCCCUGCUGGUGGUGACCCCACAGAUCCCCUUGAACCUGGAAGUCCUGACCCUCCCUCUUCUCCCUCAGAGGAUCCGCGUGAAGACGUACCAUUGACCUCUGAACCGAGGUAUGGUUCAGAGCCAGCAGAGAGGCAGUACGCUCCACCUAACCCUCCACAGACAGACCCAGAAGGAGGCGCUCAGCCGCCACCGGAACCACAACCACAGCUUCCUCUGGAGGUGGUGGAUGUUUACCCCCCUCACAGAAACGAACCGCCUCUUUCCCCAGGAGGUCAUGUGGUCAGCGUGGAUGAAGAUGAUGUUGAUUUUGACACAGGAGUGAUUCGGUAUACGACAGAGAAUACAGAGACAUGUGCCAGAUUCCAACAGCAGUGCUCCCAGAAUGCAUUUUGCUCCGACUACGCCACCGGCUUCUGCUGUCACUGCCGUCCUGGCUUCUAUGGAAACGGACGCCACUGUUUACCUGAAGGCGCUCCCCAGCGUGUUAGCGGGAAGGUGAGCGGUACUGUGACCGUGGGAUCGACUCCAGUGCAGCUGAACAACAUUGAUCUUCACGCCUACAUCGUGGUGGGAGAUGGGAGAGCGUACACGGCCAUCAGCGAGGUACCAGAACCAGUGGGCUGGGCUCUGAUGCCGUUGGCACCAAUAGGAGAGCUGUUUGGAUGGCUGUUUGCUCUGGAGCUGCCCAAUAGCCAAGCAGGAUUCAAAAUCACAGGUGCUGAGUUCACGCGUCAUGCUGAGGUGCUGUUCUACCCCGGCAACCAGCGCCUGUCCAUCGUUCAGACCGGCCGAGGCCUUGACGACCACAACCACCUCACUGUGGAUACCGUUCUCAGCGGCAGUGUGCCCUUCCUGCCCCCCGGAGCUGAAGUUACCAUGGAUCCCUUCAAGGAGACGUACCAGUACUACCCCUCCGUCGCCACCUCCUCCUCUGUGAGGGAGUUUUCAGUCGUCUCGGCAGAGCGGGGCUCAGAGUCCUUCACCUUUCAGCUGAAACAGAACCUCACCUAUCGCGACUGUCGACAUGAUAAUCGUGCCGCCGCCCUGGAGACGCUGCAGAUCACCAUGGAGAGGGUGUUUGUGAUGUACGUCAAGGAGGAGCGGAUCCUGAGAUACGCCAUCACCAACAAGAUCAGCCCAGUUGGAGUUGAGCCUUCAGGGCCGGAGCUGGUCAACCCCUGCUAUGCUGGAAACCACGACUGUGACACCACGGCCCAGUGCAUCCCACUAGAGGGCCAGGCCUUCCAGUGCCAGUGUGCUACCGGCUACAGGGGAGAUGGACGCAACUGUUACGACAUCGACGAGUGUGCUGAGGGUGCAGCUACAUGCGGCGCUCAUGCUCAGUGUGUGAACCUGCCCGGGAGCCACCGCUGCCAGUGUCAGAGCGGCUACGACUUUGGCUUUGAUGGGCGUACCUGUGUUGAUGUGGACGAGUGCAGCUCCUCUCCGUGUCACGUCAACGCCAGAUGUGUCAAUGAUCUGGGCUCCUUCCAGUGUCAGUGCCAGACUGGGUUUUACGGUGAUGGUUUCUACUGCUCCCAGCAAGAAGGACAAACAGCUCGUCCAAGGAGCCAGUGUGAGCAGCACAGAGACAGUCUGCAGAGCGGAGUGGAACUCGGUGGACGUCCGAGCAUCGGAGCCUUCAUCCCUCAGUGCGACUCUGACGGACGAUACCGACCGCUGCAGUGUCACGGCUCCACUGGACAUUGUUGGUGUGUGGACAGCAGAGGACAGGAGCGAGCAGGAACCAGAACUCCACCUGGGACAGCACCCAGAGACUGUGACAGACCAGAUGAACCAGAGCGUCCUAAGACUCACUGUGAGCACCACAGAGACAGCGUACAGACCACCAGUCCAGAGGGCUAUCCUUUAUUUGGAGCCUAUGCGCCUCAGUGUGAUGAAAAUGGACAGUACCUCCCUUUGCAGUGUCAUAGUUCCACUGGGCAGUGCUGGUGUGUGGACAGUAGUGGAGAGGAGAAACGUGGAACCAGAACACCAGCUGGCACAACACCAACAGACUGCAGCAAGCUGGAUGAGCGUUCUAAGACCCACUGUGAGCACCACAGGGACAGCGUGCAGACCACCACACCAGAGGGGCAUCCUAUAAUUGGUGUCUAUGUACCCCAGUGUGACGCAGAAGGACAGUACACACCGCUACAGUGUCAUGGCUCCACUGGACAUUGUUGGUGUGUGGACGGUAGGGGACAAGAAAGAGCAGGAACCCGGACAUCGCCUGGAGAACCGCCCAAAGACUGUGACAAACCAGAUGAACCAGAGCGUGUUAAAACUCACUGUGAGCACCACAGAGACCGUGUUCAGUCCACCAGCUCAGAGGGACAUCCUGUCGCUGGAACCUACGUACCUCAGUGUGACGCUAACGGACAGUACAUCCCACUACAGUGUCACGGCUCCACUGGACAUUGUUGGUGUGUGGACAGUCGAGGACAGGAGAGACCAGGAACCAGAACUCCACCUGGGACGACACCUAAAGACUGCGACAGACCAGAUGAACCGGAGCGUCCUAAAACACACUGUCAGCUGCACAGAGACAGCGUGCAGACCACCAGUCCAGAUGGACGUCCCAUACCAGGAGUGUUUGUACCCCAGUGUGAUGCAAAUGGACAGUACGCCCCUCAACAGUGUCACGGUUCCUCAGGACAGUGUUGGUGUGUGGACAGCAGGGGACAGGAGCGACCAGGAACCAGAACUCCACCUGGGACACCAUCUGUAGACUGCCAGAGACCAGAUGAGCCGCAACGCCCUAAGACACACUGCGAGCACCACCGAGACAGUGUGCAGACCACCGGGCCAGAGGGGUAUCCCAUAGUGGGAGCCUACGUACCUCAGUGUGAUGCUAAUGGACAGUAUCUACCUCAGCAGUGCCAUGGCUCUAGUGGACAUUGUUGGUGUGUAGACAGUAGCGGACAGGAGAGACCAGGAACCAGAACUCCACCUGGAACACAACCCAGAGACUGUGACAAACCAGAUGAACCAGAGCGCCCAAAAACUCCCUGUGAACACCACAGAGAACGAGCACAGGCUACUGCUUCGGAGGGCUAUCCUAUUGUUGGAGCGUACGUGCCCCAGUGUGAUGCUGAUGGACAGUACAUCGCCCUACAGUGCCACGGCUCCACUGGACAUUGUUGGUGUGUGGACAGCAGUGGACAGGAGCGAACCGGAACCAGAACUCCACCUGGGACAACGCCCAAAGACUGCGACAGACCAGCUGAGCCACAGCGUCCUAAGACCCACUGUGAGCACCACAGGGACAGCGUUCAGACCACCAGUCCAGAGGGCUAUCCUGUGGUUGGAGCCUACGUACCUCAGUGUGACGCAGAAGGGCAGUACAGACCUCGACAGUGUCACGGCUCCACUGGACAUUGUUGGUGUGUGGACAGUCGGGGACAGGAGAGACCAGGAACCAAGACUCCACCUGGUGCAGCUCGUGUAGACUGUGACAAACCAGUCUCCGUAGUUCCGACCCUUCGGCCUGAGAGUGUGUGUGAGCGAUGGAGGGCCAGCUUGAUUGAGCACUAUGGAGGAAAACCAGAACCACAGCAGUACGUGCCCCAGUGUGAGCCGGAUGGACAGUUCAGUCCAGUCCAGUGUUACGGGGAGACUACCUACUGCUGGUGUGUGGACCAGGACGGGCGGGAGGUUCCUGGUACCCGGUCACAUGACGUUGUUAAGCCUGCAUGUCUCCCCUCAGUGGCCCCGCCCACUGUACGCCCACUGCCCCGCCCAGAUGUGACCCCUCCACCCAACACUGACGUCACGCUGCUGUACGCUCAGGGGCAGAAAAUAGGAGCGCUGCCCCUCAACGGGACCAGACUGGAUGCAAGCCGCUCCAAAACACUGUUGACUCUGCAUGGUUCCAUAGUUGUUGGUAUCGCCUACGACUGCAAAGAGAACCACGUCUAUUGGACGGACUUGUCCGCCAGAACCAUCAACAGAGCUUUAAUGGCACCUGGAGCUGAGCCUGUGGUGCUAAUCAACACGAACCUCGUCAGUCCAGAGGGUUUGGCAGUGGACGUCAAACGCAGGCUGAUGUUCUGGGUCGACUCAACACCUGACGUGAUUGAAAGCGCCAACCUGGACGGCAGUGGGAGACGGACCUUGUUUGAGACAGACCUGGUCAACCCCCGAGCCAUCAUAGUGGUUUCUUCCACCGGGACUCUCUAUUGGACAGAUUGGAACAGAGAAGCUCCGAAGAUCGAGAGUUCAUCAGUGGACGGUCAAAACCGCAAAGUGGUCGUGUCUGACGGCAUCGGUUUGCCCAACGCUCUAACAUACGACUAUUCUUCUGGGCAGAUCUGCUGGGCCGAUGCAGGUACAAAGAGUCUGGAGUGUAUAUCUCCAGACGGUUCUGGUCGGAGAGUGACCCACUCCAGCCUCAACUACCCAUUCAGCAUGGUCUACUACAGGAACCACUUCUACUACACUGACUGGAGGAGGGACGGCGUGAUCGCGGUGAGCAAAGACAGCAGUCAGUUCACUGACGAGUACUUACCUGACCAGCGCUCUCACCUGUACGGCAUCGCCAUAGCAACCAGCCACUGUCUACCAGGGAGCCACUAACGACGGAGCGGCAGCCGCAGGGUCCUUUGGUGCUAAAGUUCUGGGCGAUGUGUGGGCGGGGGGCUACGAGACCCGGUCCACCGUCCCUCAGAAAGGAGGACACUCAGAAGGGAGCGAGACGGCUUCCUGCUGCCCCACCAGCCAUCAGAGCAAAUUUACAGCCCUCCACCCGUCCCCAUUAUCUCACCGUAAAGAUAUAACCCAAAGUAAAUGCUUUGUAAAUUUGUUUUAUACCUCAUUUUAGUUUGUUUGUUUUUUUUUUCUACUGUAUUUUUGUAUUUUGUGAGUUGUUGUUUUGUUUUUCUAUCUAUUAAAUCUACAGAACAAUGAAAUCAGAUUGUAAAAUGUAUGUGAGUGUAGGUGACACGAAGCUUUGAAACGCUGUGAAACGGAGCGUCGGCUUUUACAUUCAGCGGUUCACCAGUCGGCUUUCUGAGUAGAAACGAUCACAAUAAAGGAACAGUUUGAUUUUUUUGUCUCUCUUCAUAAGUGUUGGAUGAGAAGAUUGAUUCCACGUUCACAUCUGUACGUUGACUAUAAAGCCAGAACCAGCAGAACUUAGGAGCAAAAGCAGGAGGGGAAACUAAAUAAUUACCUUUAUUUCUUGCUUAAUUGGUAUAAAACUGAAUUGAAUGUGGUUUGAGGGGGAGCUACCAGACUCGCUGUUGUCCUGCUUCAGUCGGGUCCAUCGGUUUGCUGCUUCAGAGCCUGUUCAGUAUUCAGAGGCAUCGAUCUUCUCAUCAACCCUCAUUAAGAGUUUUUCCAAACGACAACAGAACAGUUUACAGGAAUCAACUGAAAGCCUGAGGACUGGUCAUUCAUUACCUGAAGAGAACAUAAUGCUGGAUUACCAACUUCUGAACAUUGUUGACUGAUGUCACGUCAGUAAUCAGAUUACUGUGAUCUGAGCCCUGUGUCCGACCACAGCGACCACAUCUCUCUGCACGACUAAUCUGUAUUUCACACACCAUGAAACAACCUUUUUUUUUUGCCAAAUAUUUUUUACUACUACUACUUCUCAAAUCUUUAUCUUUUUAUAAGAUGUGAUAUUUAUAACAAUAAAAUGUGAUUUGGUA